CAUUGACCUCCAUACAAACUAUUCCACUUCGUGGACAGAUUUUUUAUGUGGCGGAGUAAAACCUCUCGCUUCGCCUAUUCCUAUAUGGACGCAUGACAUGUUACAACAAACGCUGUGAGCCAAAAAACCGCCUCAACACGGCCGAAAGGAGAAGUAUAAAGGCAACAUGUCCCGGCACAGAAAUGUCCGAGGCUACAACUAUGAUGAAGACCUUGACGAUGAUGAUCUGUAUGGACAGUCUGUUGACGAUGACUACUGCAUCUCCCCUGCUACAGCAGCCCAGUUCAUCUACUCCAGCAGGCAGGAGAGACCCAACGUUGAGCCACCCCUAGAGGAGGAGGAGAUGGAGGAAGAGGAGGCCAUACACACCUCUCCCACCCUCACACACAACCUCAACCCUGUCUCCACAGGCAAGUUGUACUCGUGUCUGGACCUGAUGCGUGCGGUGCUGGGUGAUGCCGUGCCAGAGUCGGUCCUUACCCAGGCUGCCUUGCGGUGCGCCUUCGACCCUCAGAGAGCCUUGGACGCCGUUCUCUCAGUCGAGAGCGCCGUGCUGCCGCCCCUGGACGCCAGGACCAAUAAUGACGCCCCGCUGCCGCAGAGAGCAAAUAAGGAGACAGCAGUUGUACCAAGAGCCAAUCAGGAAGCCUCAGCUGCACCGCGACCAGAGAAAGCUAAGGACCGUGAGGCGGGGCAGUGUCAACUGGACUCAGAAGUUCUGCCUAAAGUGGCCCGCAUGACCGUCUCAGGGAAGAAACAGACCAUGGGCUUUGACGUGCCGAGUACAGAGGAGAACGGGGUUGUCCCCAGCCCCUCCGUCCAUCGUAGGGGUAGCCCUGAUGACAUGACCAUGAAAACCAGCCCCGAAACCCCCUCCAAGCGUCCGGAGACACCUUCUAAAGGGUUCGGGGCAGAGGAGCCCACUUCCGUCCCCACCCCAGGACACCCCGGGAAGGCCAAGCAACAGCUGAACGUCAGGGCCGAGCUGGAGAAGAGACAAGGGGGCAAGUCUCUACUCAACCUGGUGGUUAUAGGUCAUGUGGAUGCUGGGAAGAGCACUCUGAUGGGUCACCUGCUGUACCUGUUGGGAAACGUCAAUAAACGCACCAUGCACAAGUACGAACAGGAGUCCAAAAAGGCUGGCAAGGCCUCGUUCGCCUACGCAUGGGUCCUGGAUGAGACCGGGGAGGAGAGGAACAGGGGUGUAACCAUGGACGUGGGGAUGACUAAGUUUGAGACGGCCUCUAAGGUGGUGACUCUGAUGGACGCUCCUGGACACAAAGACUUCAUCCCUAACAUGAUCACUGGCGCGGCCCAGGCGGACGUGGCGGUGUUAGUGGUAGAUGCCAGCAGAGGUGAGUUUGAGGCAGGGUUCGAGGCGGGUGGGCAGACGCGAGAGCACGGCCUUCUGGUCCGUUCGUUGGGCGUCACGCAGCUCGCGGUUGCCGUCAACAAGAUGGACCAGGUAAACUGGCAACAGGAGCGAUUCAAAGAGAUCAUCUCCAAACUUGGACAUUUCCUGAAACAGGCUGGAUUUAAGGACUCUGAUGUGUUCUACGUGCCGACCAGUGGUCUAUCAGGAGAGAACCUGACCACUAAGAGUUCUGCUCUGGCGCUAACAUCCUGGUACUCUGGACCCUGUCUGCUGGAACAGAUCGAUUAUUUCAAACCACCCCAGAGGUCGAUAGAAAAGCCCUUCCGACUGUGUGUCUCGGACGUCUUCAAAGAUCAGGGCUCAGGGUUCUGUGUAACAGGGAAGAUCGAGGCGGGCUACAUUCAGACAGGAGACCGAGUACUGGCCAUGCCCCCCAAUGAGACAUGCACUGUUAAAGGUAUCUCUCUCCACGAUGAUCCUCUGGACUGGGCAGCAGCAGGAGAUCAUGUCAGUCUGACCGUCACUGGCAUGGACAUCAUCAAGAUUAAUGUGGGCUGUGUGUUCUGUGAUAUUAAGGAGCCAAUCAGAGCGUGUUCCCGCUUCAGGGCCAGAGUCCUGCUAUUCAACAUAGAGGUUCCCAUCACACAGGGCUUCCCCGUUGUGUUGCACUACCAGACGAUCAGUGAACCAGCCACCAUUAGGAAGCUGGUCAGCGUUCUGCACAAGAGCAGCGGGGAGGUGCUCAAGAAGAAACCCAAGUGUCUGGGUAAGGGUAUGAAUGCGAUGGUGGAGAUCCAGACCCAGAGACCCGUGGCGUUGGAGCUCUAUAAGGACUUCAAGGAGCUGGGACGCUUCAUGCUGAGAUAUGUAGGGUCAACCAUCGCUGCCGGGGGUCGUCACCGAGAUCAAAGAAUGACGAGCGGUCUGAUCCAGCUGGAUCAAGUCGGAACUGGACCCAGAGACUGCAUGACAGACGGCUAGCUGCAGACAGACAGACAGACAGACAGACAGACAGACAGACAGACAGACAGACAGACAGACAAAGUGCAAUUCCUUCAGAGACAGAAGUGUCAUUCACAGACUGGGUGUUCCCAUCCAUCCCUCUAUCUAUCUAUCCAUCCCUCUAUCUAUCUAUCCAUCCCUCUAUCUAUCUAUCCAUCCCUCUAUCUAUCUAUCCAUCCCUCUAUCUAUCCAUCCAUCCCUCUAUCUAUCCAUCCAUCCCUCUAUCUAUCCAUCCAUCCCUCUAUCUAUCCAUCCAUCCCUCUAUCUAUCUAUCCAUCCCUCUAUCUAUCUAUCCAUCCCUCUAUCUAUCUAUCCAUCCCUCUAUCUAUCUAUCCAUCCCUCUAUCUAUCUAUCCAUCCCUCUAUCUAUCUAUCCAUCCCUCUAUCUAUCCAUCCAUCCCUCUAUCUAUCCAUCCAUCCCUCUAUCUAUCCAUCCAUCCCUCUAUCUAUCCAUCCAUCCCUCUAUCUAUCCAUCCAUCCCUCUAUCUAUCUAUCCAUCCCUCUAUCUAUCUAUCCAUCCCUCUAUCUAUCUAUCCAUCCCUCUAUCUAUCUAUCCAUCCCUCUAUCUAUCUAUCCAUCCCUCUAUCUAUCUAUCCAUCCCUCUAUCUAUCUAUCCAUCCCUCUAUCUAUCUAUCCAUCCCUCUAUCUAUCUACCCAUCCCUCUAUCUAUCUAUCCAUCCCUCUAUCUAUCUAUCCAUCCCUCUAUCUAUCUAUCCAUCCCUCUAUCUAUCUAUCCAUCCCUCUAUCUAUCUAUCCAUCCCUCUAUCUAUCUAUCCAUCCCUCUAUCUAUCUAUCCAUCCCUCUAUCUAUCUAUCCAUCCCUCUAUCUAUCUAUCCAUCCCUCUCUAUCUAUCCAUCCCUCUAUCUAUCUAUCCAUCCCUCUAUCUAUCUAUCUAUCCAUCCCUCUAUCUAUCUAUCUAUCCAUCCCUCUAUCUAUCUAUCCAUCCCUCUAUCUAUCUAUCCAUCCCUCUAUCUAUCUAUCCAUCCCUCUAUCUAUCUAUCCAUCCCUCUAUCUAUCUAUCCAUCCCUCUAUCUAUCUAUCCAUCCCUCUAUCUAUCUAUCCAUCCCUCUAUCUAUCUAUCCAUCCCUCUAUCUAUCUAUCCAUCCCUCUAUCUAUCUAUCCAUCCCUCUAUCUAUCUAUCCAUCCCUCUAUCUAUCUAUCCAUCCCUCUAUCUAUCUAUCCAUCCCUCUAUCUAUCUAUCCAUCCCUCUAUCUAUCUAUCCAUCCCUCUAUCUUAUCCAUCCAUCCCUCUAUCUAUCUAUCCAUCCCUCUAUCUAUCUAUCCAUCCCUCUAUCUUAUCCAUCCAUCUAGUGCAGAAGUUACCGAACAAGAUGAAGUAAACGAUGAACCAAUAAAAGGUCAAUUCCA